GGCAGGAGACAAGCGGGAACGCCGGCCAAUAGGCGCCGCGCGUUGAAGGGGCGAGGCGGAGCGGCGGCGGCUGAGGGGAGCGGAGCGGGCUCCGCGGUGGCCGGACGCGAUGCUGGCGGUGAAGGUGAAGGUGGAGAAGCCGGACCUGGAAGCCGCCUCAGCCCGCAGCCGCCUGGACGCCGUCCUGCAGGGGCUGCUGGAACGCAGCCAGGGCCCGCGGGAGCAGAUGGAGGAAGAGGCGGGAAAGGCGCCCGGAGACGCCCACAGCAACCCCCCUCCUUGUUGCAGGGAGGCGUCGCCCAGCGCCCCGGGCAAGAGGCCCUCGGGUCGGUUCUCGCAGCAGCGGAGGAAGAAGAGGAGGGAAGCGGAGGAGGGGCUGCCUGACCCUGCCCAGCAGCGGCACAAUACCUACGUGAUCAAACUCUUUGACCGGAGCGUGGAGCUGGGGCAGUUUCCCGAGGGGACCCCCCUGUACCCCGUCUGUCGCGCCUGGAUGCGCAACUGCCCCACGGCGCGGGGCGGGGGGGCGGCCCCCCAACUCCCCCAACACCCCACGGCGCCGCCGCGCCCCGAGGGCGCCGCAGGGCAUGCUGGGAAGGGGGAGGACAUCUACGAGCUGCCCCCCCCCGCCCCCCCGGGGCCGCCCCGCAUCCCCUCCCCCCUCGGCCCUGAGGAGGGGGCCCCUCCCCCCGACCAGCUGCCCGACCCCGCCCCGUCGAUGUCAUCGCUGAUCUACAAGAACAUGGAGCGCUGGAAGCGCGUGCGGCAGCGGUGGCAGGAGGCGGGGCAGCGGCAGCAGCAGCGCUACGGGCCCAGCCUGCGCCUCCUGCGCCUCAUCUACGAGCGCCAGUAGCCACGCCCACCCGCCGGAGACCACGCCCACCCGACCCCGAAGCCACGCCCACCCCCCCCGCCCACAGGACCAAUGGGAGCCUCCACUGACAGCCAGCAAGCCCCGCCCCCUCGCCUCGGCCACGCCCCCUCUGUAAGCCCCGCCCCCCAAUAAAAG